AUGUCGAAAGAAGACGAGCGAGAUGUUCGACGGACUUACCUUCUGCGGGUGGCCAGUCAUAUUCUCGGCCUCAGUAUCGUCGAAGAGAAACUUCGUCAGCUGCAAGCGAUCGACGCCUUCUGUGACACUAACGUCACACUUCUCACCAUCCGAGGAGUGGAUCUGUCGAACACAAUGAAAUCUGGCGGUAAUCUGCCUCGAGUAGUUUUUUACAAGACUCGCCCUAUGGUUCUUACCACUGACAACUACAAAUCGGUCGUGAACGUAAUGUCGAUGAUUGGCACAUCGAAUGAGGUGUUUCUUAAAAGUGUGCAAAAUGUAAAAUCGCUUCAAACAACAACCAAUAAACAUUUACUUUCCCUAGUUAGUGAGCUUGAAGAGAAUCUGUUAGCGACAGUUGAUGUGGGAAAAGAAAAAGGAGAAGGCGGGGUUGUCUCGCUUCUCGAUGAGAUUCGUGUUUGGAAAUCACGUACUGACGGUGCUGCUCAACAAUACAGAGACGCCUUUGAACCGAUACAGCACAUCAUUGACACAAUCGAUGAUCGAUCUGUAGACGAGUUGAUCACGUUAGUGGAGGCAUUCGAGGACUGCUGUGAUGCGCUUUGGAACAGCCAGCCGUCCUAUCCUGAGACAAGAAUGCGUAGUCUCAUCCAGUGCAUGGGAUCCUACCUAUGCGAGCAGUUGUCGUUGAAAAUCGAUCCGGAAAGUUUAUGGAAAAACGCAAAAGUUACUGAAGAACUCAGUGCGGGAAUUGCAUGCUGUGGCCAAUGGGAACUGUCGGUACAGUUGAUGACCGGUCAGACGUGGAAGCGCCAAGCUGAUGGACCGUGGCAAGGCGAACCAGUGCAGAUGAAGUAUUUGCAAGGAUUUAAGAAAAGACUGGAAGAGGUGCUAUCCUUAAAGCAACUUGGACCACAAAUCGCUUUGUUGUUGAACGAGCCAGGAAUCGAAGCUGAAGUGGACAGAGUCAUCGAGACAGCAAUGAGGAACACAGCCGUACUGGCCUAUAAUCCAUUCACAGAGAAUAUCUGGAAAUCGAGAAUGCUAGUCACCGAGAAAUCUAUGGAUUCGAUUAUUGAUCGGACAAUUCCAGCGCUCAAAAGUCGACUACAACCGGAUAAACUUGAGAGAAAUCAUGUAGGUGCUGAAAUUCCAGUUACUUUAAUACGAAUUGAUUACUACAUCGCACGAUCAAAACCAGGACACACAAAUUUACAAUAUUUUCAUUUAUCGUUGAUUCAGUUAGAAAAUAUGCAAUCGCUAUGUUCUGUUUUGCUCGACGACCUCGCUUCCUAUCCGUCGUUCAAUAGCCGCAUGAAAUCGUUCAUGGAUAAGCUCAAACAGGCCGAACAAGAAAGCUACGACGAAUGGUGUCGCGAGACGAUUCAAUCUAUCGAUGACACCACAGAUUCGAUAGCGCUCGAAACCACAGGAAGAAUCAUGGUGUUAGAAAAGAAGAACGGAACGCUUAACGUGAACUACAGCGAUCGGCUGCUAAAGUUACUAAAAGAGGUUCGACAACUCUCCAGUUUGGGCCUGAAAAUUCCGUCGAAGAUUGUGAACUGUGCGAAUCAGGGCGAAAAAUUCUACCGAUUCGGUGUUCUGCUCAAACAAAUCGCUCACUUCUACAAUACCAUUGACCAGCAAAUGCUACCAUGUCAGCAGGCUUUGAUGCUUGACGAAGCGAUCGCGUUUGAACGUCUAGUGAUUUCUAAGAAAAACGAACAAUCAGCGAUUUCGCACGUGACAUGGGAGGAUCCGAAACAACUUGAGGAUUUCAUCGCAAAACUUCAACUGGCAUCCGAUAAACUCUCGAAUCACAACAGACGUCUACGAAACGCUCACACGGAGAUCGUUCAUUUGGUUAUGGAGCUUGUCAAUCUUGAUUUACUCAAGGAAGUGAACAAAUGGAAAGAGAUCCUCGUGCAAAUUCGUUCAAAGAUUUCCACAGAAGAGUUACUCCAUGGCGCUACGAAGGCGAAUCUCAAACCUUGGCAAAUUCACUGGAAUUGGCAACUUUACAAGGCCCUCCAGUUGCAGUAUAAAUGGGGGAUCGAAAGCCUUCACACACAGAUUCCCGUAAUUCAUACCCAACUUGUUUUUGCGCAGAAAAAAUUACAGCUCCGUCCACCGAUUGAAGAAAUUCGGGUUAAGUACUACAAGGAAAUGCGAAAGCUUCUCAGCAUACCGCUAAAAUUUAAAGGUGUCCUCGAGGGCGAACAGUCCACGUUCUUUUCGACGAUGUUGGCCGACAACGCCGAUCGAUUCCCACGGGUCUACGUGAAAGCCGAACAACUGAUGAGAGCUGUUGAACAAGUCGAUGCACAGUUUGCGGAUUGGCUUUUCCCGGCACAGGUGGAUUUAGAGUUGUUGAUUGAAGAAACUCUAAAAACGGCAUCCGACUGGGAAGCACAACUGAAACUUGUGAAAGCGAAAGGCCGUGAGGCUGCAAAGUUACCUAAUGAGAUUCGUCUCGAUUGCAUCGUAGUGAGCACUACUGGAGCAAAGACGGCAAUCGACGAAUUGCUGCAGCAUGUGUUCGAGACCCUCAUCUACACCCUCCGAAUCAGCAUCAACACAAAACUACAGAACAUUCAACAGUUUCUUACUCAGGCGAUUGAUGUUCUCAGCUCAAGACCUCAAUCAAUUGAUGAGGUGGCUGAGGCGAAUGCUCGCCACAUGGAGUACGGCAGGACUAAUAGAGAGCUGAAAGCCUCAUGGGCGAUUUUAAACGAACAGCACAUCUUACUACGAUCGGCAGCCGGUAGCUCAGUGGAGCAAAUGAUGCCGCUCACACAGCAAUGGGAGAAGUUUGAAAUGAUGCUCGACAAUCAUCAGAUGAUGAUCAAAGAGCAGGUAGAAGUAUUGAAAACGAACGUCACCACAAGGGUAGCUGCUCUCAACGAUGAGUCCGAAAAACUGGCUGCUAGAUGGAAUCAGUUUAAGCCGAAAAGUGGCGCACUACAAGGAGAUCGCUUUCUUUCUUAUACGAAUCUGCUUGAAAUGGUGUCAUUUUUUAAGAACAAUUGGGUCAUAUACGAAGAAUUCAACACAGAAUUGCAAGCGCUUGCUGAUGAAGAGUGGAUCGUUUUCAGGAGUAGAACUUAUCUGUUCGACGAAUUCCUACAAAAAUGGUUGGAAAAGCUGAAAACUUCACCGCAAACUCACAUGGGCGUUCGACUUCUUCAGGAUAUCGACUCUUUUAAGGAGUUCAGUGGAUGUCUGAAAUUCUGUCGCGGAGAAGUGCUCAGUAUCGAUCAUUGGCUGGAGAUGUUCCGACUUCUUCAACUGCCGAGGGGUACGACACUUGAAAGGUUGCGGUUUGGCGAUUUAAUCGCGGUCUCAUCGAAUGUGAUUGCCAACGUCGAGCAGUUGAAAGCGCUGAACAGCAAGGCACAAGGCGAGAUCACCAUCCGUGAGGCUAUCCAGGAAUUGGAAAUGUGGGCUGCACAGUUAGAAAAUAUCAUUCUUGAUUUCACUAAUUCCAAUCCUCAAUUUUUCGUGAAAGAUAGUCAGGCGCUUCUUCAAUCAUUGAAAAACUCACCAUUCUAUGCACAGUUCAGCGAUAAAACGAGCAUAUGGGAGACAAGACUCUCGGAUCUUGACGUCUAUCUUCCGCAAAUGAAUGACAUUCAACGAAAAUGGGUUUAUUUGGAGCCAAUUUUUGGCAGAGGUGCUUUACCGGCCGAGGCGAGCCGAUUUGCUCGUGUGGAUAGCGAGUUUCGUCUUAUCUUAAACAUUGUUCGUGACGCUCGUCUGGUGUCGUUGUGUAGUCGGCAAUCACUUCGAAAAAGUCUCGAACAAAUUAUCGAUCAGUUGAACAGAUGCCAGAAGGCCCUCAACCAAUUUCUUGAGGAGAAACGCUCUGCUUUUCCGCGGUUCUAUUUCCUUGGCGAUGAUGAUUUACUUGAAAUUCUCGGACAGUCUACCAAUCCAUCGGUUAUUCAGUCUCAUUUGAAAAAGCUAUUUCAGGGAAUUGACAAAGUGGUUUUCGGUUCGAACAACGGUACCAUCUCGGCCAUUGUGUCCACGCAGGGUGAGCACGUACAUCUCAGCCGGCCCGUACGAGUUGUCUCACAAGUCGAGGUGAGUUCAAAGUUAUACAUCACACGAGAAUUCUUCCCUACUCAGGCUCUGGAUGGUUCAAAAGAUCUGGCCAACCUGAAAGCUGCUCUACAGGAGCAGCUCAAAGUUUAUGCAAGCACGAAAGUCGACGACGUAGUGCUUGAUCUUAAACUGAAAGCACUGAUCCUCGAUAUUAUCCAUCAUAUUGAUAUCACGGAUCAACUUAUCAACAAUAAGGCAAGCUCUUCUCAGUGUUGGACGUGGCAACGACAAUUGCGCUUCUAUUUAGUAGGGGAUAAAGUUGUAGCCCGGCAAGUGAAUAGCGAAUUUGACUACACUUAUGAGUAUCAGGGCAACACACCGAAGCUUGUGCACACGCCGUUGACGGAUAAAUGCUAUCUGACACUCACUCAGGCUAUGUACAUGGGCUUGGGAGGAAAUCCGUAUGGACCGGCUGGUACUGGCAAGACCGAAUCCGUAAAGGCGCUAGCGUCGUUGUUCGGCCGACAGGUGCUCGUUUUCAAUUGUGAUGAAGGAAUCGACGUCCAUUCAAUGAGUCGAAUCUUCAUUGGAAUAGUACAAUGUGGCGCAUGGGGAUGUUUUGAUGAAUUUAACCGCCUUGAUCAGACUGUCUUAUCUGCAGUUUCAAUGCAGAUACAGACGAUUCAGGAUGUGAUCAAGUCGAAAAGCGACGCAUGCGUUUUGGGCGGGAAGACAGUCAGAGUGAAUCCGAAUGCUGCCAUAUUCAUCACAUUAAAUCCAGCCGGAAAGGGUUAUGGUGGUCGACAGAAGAUGCCGGAUAACUUGAAACAACUUUUUCGACCCGUAGUAAUGUCCGUGCCAGAUAAUGAAGUCAUAGCCGAGACAAUACUAUAUUCGGAAGGUUUCACUGAUGCACGAAAUUUGGCACGAAAAAUCGUCACCGUUUUUAAACUUAGCAAAGAGAUGCUAUCCGUUCAACAGCAUUACGAUUGGGGUUUGAGAGCACUUAAGGUGGUACUCCGUGGUUGCAGUGAUCUCCGUGCCGCCAAACCCAAUGCGGACGAGACUGAGACAGUUGUUCAGGCUCUGCUACUCAACACACUUUCAAAGCUGACAUUUUCUGAUUCAAAGCGAUUCAGUGUGCUGAUCAACGACGUGUUCUCAUCGGUUAACAAGGAACUGGCUACGUUUGGUGAUCUCAUCGAACCGCUUAAAUCUGCCUCAAAUGAGAUGAAUAUCGAGCUGACGGAUAAGCAGUUGCAAAAAGUAUUCCAACUAUACGAACAGCUACGCCAACGAAUCGGCGUGGUGGUGGUCGGUCCGACUGGCACCGGUAAGUCGACAAUCUGGCGUCUGCUGAAGAAGGCGCAGUUGGCGGCUGGUGUAGCGCUUCGUACCGUGUCGUUCAACCCGAAAGCGAUGAACAGAAUGAAGCUUCUUGGCCACAUGGAUAUCGACACCAGAGAGUGGUCUGAUGGUAUUCUAACAAUGGCUGCCAGAGAGGUGAUCAAAGAUACGAGCGUUCAUACAUGGAUUAUUUUCGACGGCGACGUGGACCCUGAAUGGAUAGAGGCAUUGAAUUCGGUGCUAGACGACAAUCGGCUGUUGACGAUGCCUUCCGGUGAACGAAUCCAAUUCGAUAAUAACGUGAACUUCUUGUUCGAGACCGAUUCAUUGCAGUUCGCCUCACCGGCUACCGUAUCGAGAAUGGGAAUGAUUUUUGUGAGCGAAGAAGACAUUUCGGUGAAGGAAGUGGUCGCACAGUGGGUGAGGAGUCUUGUCGAUGAGCAUCCAGAUCUACCUGACUGGAUUGAUGAGCAUUUUUAUAGGUACGAGCCGUUAGAGAACUUUAUUAAUACCUACAAGUCAAAGCAACAAUUCCUCGUUGGUCUCUAUCGUGGUCUCUCGUCAGUGAUCGAUCCGGAGAAAAAGAGGGAGUUUGCGAACUCAAUCGGAAUGAAGAAGAUGGUAAUGAAAACUGAAUGCUUUACAAUUCAGGUCCUAUCGUGGUUGUCAAGCACUAAUCGUCAGCCAUUUCUUGUUGUUGGACCAGAUGGUUGUGGUAAAGAAGAACUGCUUAAGCACUGUUUUGCCGAAGAUAACCAGAGUCAACUAGCGAUUGUCCAUUCAAGUGCUCAAAGCCGAGCAUCUUCUAUACUGCAGUGUUUGCUGCAACACUGUGUGCAGACAAGCAGCCCAUCAGGUCGAGUUCUGCGACCUAAAGACAAACCGUGGCUCAUCCUUUACCUGAAGAGCAUCGAUCUUCCUGCACCGGAUAAAUACGGUACGAAUGAAAUGUUGGCGUUUUUACAUCAAUUGCUCACCUACGAAGGCUAUUACGACGAACAUCUUGACUGGAUUGGACUCGAGAAUGUGCAGGUAGGUGAAACUUUUCCAAUAGUAAAAAACCAUGUUUUUGUCACUAACGGAACUGUGGUUCCUUCACCGCACAACGUUGUCGGUUUGCCACUAAUUCCACACUCCAAGCAUGAUUAUCUGGUUUUAUUACAGAAAGCUCUAUUUUCCUAUUCAGUUCCUAUUCAACUCCUUUUGUGGCAUCCUUUUAUAGUAACCAAUUUUUUAGGUGGCUCAGUACUUUUAGCUGGUCGUCCCGGCCUCGGCAGAGCGGACGCAAUUCGACUUAUCGCCAAUAUGCACGAAAUGACAGUGUUCACACCGAGAAUCACGCCAAAUUACAGACAGAAACAGUUCGAUGUGGAAUUAAAAAGCGCGAUCCAAACGGCUAUUUCUAAUAAUGAGCAUGUCGUAUUCCUUCUUGAACACUAUAAAAUUCUCCGACCUCAGUUUCUUCAAGCAGUAAAUGGCCUCAUUUGCAGCGGCGACGUUACGGGUCUUUUCAGUACACAAGAGCUUGAUGCCCUUUCAACAGCGCUAAGAGAUCAAAUGAGCCAGGACGGCUUCCAAUGCGAUGUGCAACAGUAUUUCGCACAUAGAGUUCGCACACUUCUCCAUGUCGGUCUGGUGCUGGACACGGAUAGCACGGAGUUCGAAGCGAGAAUUGCCGAAAAUCCGGCGAUCUUCAAGCAGUCCAAUGUCAUUUGGCAAGACAGUUGGGGAAGGACAAGCGUUCUACAGGUCUGGUCCCACUGGGGAUUGUUGGUGAACCGAAUUGAAAUCCAUGCUCAGGAUUUCCUGUUUUUCAAUUGCUUAGAAUUUAGAACGUCUUUCGUUUUGAAGGCUGGCGUAUCGAAAUUAACUGAAGCUCGAGAGCAAGUGGCUCUCAUGCAAAAGAUGGCAGCAACAAAGAGCAAACUGUUGGCCGAAAAACAAGCAGACGCCGAUGAAGCGCUAAAGGACAUCAGCAAAAGCAUGACGGGUGCCGAGGAUCAGAAGACGUCCAUGCAACAGUUGCGUGCCGCCACUGAAGAGGAGAACACAAAAAUCGCCGAGAAGAAGAAGAAAAUCGAAGAGCAACUAAAAGAUGUCGAACCAUUGCUGAAGGAAGCGCGAUCUGCGGUCGGAUCGAUCAAACCGGAAUCGCUGUCAGAGAUUCGAAGUCUGCGAGCUCCACCUGAAGCAAUAAGAGAUAUAUUACAGGCUGUACUGCUUUUCAUGGGUAUCCUGGACACUUCAUGGGAAGCAAUGCGAAAAUUUCUUUCGAAAAGCAGUGUCAAAGACGAAAUCAUCAACUUUGACGCUCAUCGCAUCACUGGAGACGUUCACAAGAAAGUCUCAGCGUUGGUACAAAGCAAGCAGGCUUCUUUUGACCCAAAGAACGCCAAACGUGCGUCGGUUGCCGCGGCUCCGUUAGCCGCAUGGGUCACCGCAAACCUACAGUACUCAGCGAUUCUUGAGAAGAUUUCGCCACUGGAACAGGAGAAAAAUGAACUAAUUAGCAACCUCUCGAAAGCCGAAAAGCAAAUCCAGAAGCUCUCAAAGGGAUUACUUACCGUAGACGAGAAGGUGGCAGCAUUAAAGGAGAAAUUUGAAGGUCUCAUGAAGGAAGCGACUCAAAUCAAAAUCGACCUGGAGAAGGAACAAGCAACAAUAGCAGUAGCUGGUACUCUUGUGGAUCGACUUGCAGGUGAAUUCUCACGAUGGCAAAUACAGAUGGAAUCUUUGACACGGGAAAUGGAUAAUGUUGAAAGCUGUUCGAUUAUUACGGCUGCUUUCGUGACGUACCUUGGCGGAUGCUCGGAGAAAAUUCGCACCGAUGUUCUGAAAACGUUCCAGCAGAACAGCAACUUGAACAACUUCAGUCCAGUUGCGUUUUGUGCCAUGGAGACUGAGCAGUUGAACUGGAGGAAUCAUGGCUUACCGGCCGAUUCACUGUCAGUAGAAAACACUGUGAUAAUAUUCAACGGCUCACCGACGCCACUCAUCAUUGAUCCGACUGGACGAGUUGCCACUUUUUUGCAUUCCUUUAUCCAGAAAUCUGAGUUGCUUCGCGCAGCGCAAAGUGAUCUGUUCACUCAGAUCGAAUUCGGGAUUCGAUUCGGCAAAACGAUCAUCGUCGACGACGUCAGUGAGAUCGAUGCUACUCUCGUGCCCAUAUUCAGAAGGGAGUUGUCGUCUCAGGGACCUCGUCAGGUGAUCACCUUUGCUGACAAACAGAUCGACUAUCAUCCCGACUUCAAGUUGUUUCUUUGUACAAAAAACGAGCACAUCGUCAUACCGAGUAGCAUCCGAAACGUAUUGUCUGAAGUAAAUUUCACUACAACGAGAAGCGGACUAACAUCUCAGCUCCUUGGUCUUGCCAUUCAAAUCGAAAGGCCGGAACUGGAAGAGAAAUCAAGCUCGUUGGCCCGAGAUACGGAGACCAAAAAAAUGGAACUGGAAAAUCUUGAGCAGUUAUUACUUCAGCAACUGGCAUCAUCCGAGGAGAAUCUGCUGGGUAAUGCAGUUUUGCUCAACUCACUGAACAAGUCAAAAGAAAACGCCGAGACCAUCAGUCGCAGCAUUAUGGAAAGCGAAAAGCUUCACAAAGAGCUUGCCGAUCAGCGAAACGCCUACCUUUCCUUGGCCGAGUUCGCCAGCUCAUUGUAUUUUGUGUUUUGCGAUCUUCAUCUUCAUAACCACAUGUAUAAUUUUAACGUAACCACAAUCAUCAACAUCUUUCGAAAAGUCAUAACUGAAUGUCAGGAUCGCACCUCAUCACGGAUCGAAACCCUGAUGCGCUCAUUACAGUUGGCUGUCUUCUACCACAUAUCAAGAGCUUUAUUCAAAGCUGAUCGCCUUAUGUUUGCAUUGUCAUUCAUCCACGGAACAUUACCGAAAAUGUUUCAGGCGAAGGUUAAAUAUUCUGCUUCUCCAGAUCUUGUCGACUGUGAGAGCUCGAUGCCGCCAGCCAUCGAGCAGAAGAUCACACCGUUUCAGAAAGUGCUGGUCAUCCAAGCCACUCGACCUGAUCGUCUCUAUUCAGCCAUGCUAAAUUUUGUGUUGAAGACCUUAUCUAUUCCUUCCAUCAAUCCCCCACCGUUCGAUCUCUCUGACGUGCUAGCCGAGAGCUCCAAUCGCGAACCAGUGUUGCUAAUCCUCGCCGGUGGAGCCGAUCCCAGUCAAGAAUUAGAAGAGCUAGCUUCGAAGACGAUUGGCUCACACAAGUUCACAGCGAUCUCCAUGGGUCAGGGGCAGGAGCAGGUGACGAUCGAGGCGACUCGUCGGGCUGCAGUUGACGGCCAGUGGCUAUUUCUCAGUAACGUCCAUCUGAUGCUGAUACGUUGCCAAAUGGCCUUCAAAAGUCUAUCACUGAAGCUGGCCUGUAUAACACCACACGAGAAAUUCCGCCUAUGGAUGACAACUGAGGAGGAGAACAGAUUUCCUGCGAUAAUGCUUCAACAAUGCCUUAAAACCACAUUUGAGCCCCCACCAGGAAUUCGGAACAAUCUGCUCAGGACCUACUCGCACAUUGACGAAGUGAAGAGAUCUGUUCUAGUUAAUCAGAUUAUUUUUGUACUAGCAUGGUUACACGCACUGUUACAGGAAAGGCGAACAUUCAUCCCCCAGGCGUGGACGAAAUUCUACGAGUUCAGUAGUGCAGAUGUUCGAGUAGCUCGCAUGCUGAUUGAAGGCCUCAUCAAAGAAUCUAAUGCCGAUUGGGAGUUUAUUCGAGGCCUGUUGAAGUUCGUCAUCUAUGGCGGACGAAUCGAGAAUUCUUUCGAUGGCCAAGUGCUUGACUCCUAUCUUUCAACUCUGUUUACUGGCGAAAAAAUUACUGGAAGGUCCGGAAAAAUGCUAUCAAAAGGAGUCGAACUUCUUGCUGUCGACAACAUGAAGGAAAUUCAAAAAUAUGUCGCAACAUCGAUUCCAUCAGAGGAUGACCCAAGUUUAUUCGGUCUUCCAAUGAACAUUCGUUAUUCGUGGCAGCUGACAGAGGCAGAGGAAACCGUUUCGAGGAUGCGAAUGUCGCACGGUGGCAAAUCUCCCUCUGAUCCACAAGGGCAGUGGCUGCCUGUGGUAGUGAAGAUCUGGGGUAGACUUUGGCCAGUCUUACUUCAGAAUUCCAGGGAACCAUAA